UCAAACCCCUCUGAUCGCUGAUUGGACUACAAUCACAACCGGGACUUAUACAUAAACUCCUGCAGCAUUCGAAUAAUGUUCACCUGAUCCUUGCAUUACUCCUGACUGCCCAGGUGGGGCGACAGCUAAACCCGUCUUUUUGUUCGCGUUCAAGCGAGUGUUUGAUUCAGUUCAUGACUUCAUUCGUGUUCCUUUCUGACGUCUCAUGGUCGGGAUCGACGAACUACUGCUAACCAUGCAUCUCGUCAACCUCAAUUGGGUUCGAGGUUUGGCAUUACCUCUCACUCUCGUAUCUGUUUGUUACUCCAGACCUAACUAACCUGCAGCUGCAGCUUGGCGGACUGUCCCACCUACCACAUGGGAUCUUGAAAUACGAUCGCAGUGUCGGUGUGACUUGGAUUGGCCCUUUUCUCCUUUCCUAGGCAGAACCCACAGGUCCUUGAUGCGACCUGUACGAAGGGCAGUUGCGUUUCUAAUCUUGGCUAAAUUUGCCCUUUUAAUGUCUGCAGGCCCCUCCCUUCUUCUUGUCAUUUUGUCCCAACGUUCGUUAAGCUCAAUCCGGGCAUUGUUUGAUUUUCCUUGUUGGCUCUUUAAUUCGUUCGUUAUGAGAUUCUUCAAUUUCAAAUCCUCUAAAGAGGCCAAUGUGCCCGAGGAAACAAACAACGCUUCACUUACCGAUGUUCGCCACACACCGUCUCCUUCUCCGGGUCAGAUUUCGAAACCAUCCAGCGAGAAAGAGAGUACUCUGGUCGAUGAGCCGAUCAGGAACUCAAUGCUCAAUGAAGAUUCCGAAAAAGAAAUUGUCAGCCCGAGUCCGGGCCCUCAUACCCCAGAGCCCAUCUUACAAGAGAACAAGGAUUCUACUCCCAGUGAAAAGGACCCCAAGGAGGAACCCAAGGAAAAUGUCCCAAAGGAAGAUUCAGACCAGGAAGUAGCAACAGAAGCGAAGGUUGAAACCGAAACACCAGAUGAGGAGGAUUAUCCGUCUGCGUGGAAAUUGACCCUGAUCACUAUCGGUCUUUGUUUCUGCGUUUUCUGCGUGGCAUUGGACAACACAAUCAUCGCAACAGCCAUUCCCAAAAUCACAGAUGAAUUCAAUUCCCUCGGAGAUGUCGGUUGGUACGGUAGUUCCUAUCUACUAACCACCUGCGCGGUCACCCUGACCUUCGGCAAACUGUACACUUUCUACUCGAUCAAGUGGAUUUACCUGACGGCGCUCAUCGUCUUCGAGAUCGGCUCGCUUGUCUGUGCUACUACUCCCACCUCGGUCGGUCUCAUCUGCGGUCGUGCUGUUGCCGGCUUAGGAGCUGCUGGAUUGUUCUCUGGUUCUAUUCUUAUCAUCAGCAAGACUGUUCCUCUUGUCAAACGGCCUAUGUAUACCAGUCUCAUCGGUUCGAUGGCCGGUAUUGCUAAUGUGGCGGGUCCGCUUAUGGGUGGUGCAUUCACUGAUCACCUCACCUGGCGUUGGUGUUUCUACAUUAACCUGCCCAUCGGAGCUGUGACUUUCUUCUUUGUGCUGGCCUUCUUCCAGAACCCUAAGCCUAUCCUGACCAAGGAUACCUUCAAAGAGCAGAUCAAGGAGCUGGACCUGCUUGGUUCGUUCUUCUUCUUGCCUGCUAUUAUCAGUUUGCUGUUGGCUCUGCAAUGGGGUGGUACCAAGUAUGACUGGAGCAAUGGACGUAUCAUCGGUCUCUUCGUCGUGUUUGGUGUGCUCAUCUUGAUCUUCACGGGCAUUCAGUACAAGGCCCAAGACAAAGCUACUAUACCUCCUCGACUGAUCAAGAACCGUAGUGUCUGGGGCGCGGCCUGGUAUGCCUUGGCUCUUGGUGCUGGUUUCUUCGUCAUGACAUACUAUCUCCCCAUCUGGUUCCAGUCUAUCAAAGGCGCAACAGCCCUCAAGUCAGGCAUCAUGAAUCUACCCAUGAUCAUCGGAGUCAUUGUCGUCUCCAUCCUCACCGGUGGUCUCGUCACUGCCUGCGGUUACUAUACACCAUUCAUGAUCGCCUCGUCGAUCAUCAUGGCUAUCGCCGCCGGGCUCCUGGCCACUCUGGAAACAGACUCGAAUCACUCCAAGUGGAUCGGAUACCAGGCCAUGUUCGGUAUCGGUAUCGGUCUAGGCAUGCAACAGCCCAUGAUUGUCGCACAGGCUGCUCUCAAGACUGUAGAUGUUCCCAGCGGUAUGGCGAUUGUUAUGUUCGCGCAGACCCUUGGCGGUGCUAUCUUCGUGUCCGUCGGGCAGAAUGUGUUCCAAAACCAACUGGUUCAUAACUUGGCCAUUUAUGCCCCUGAUCAGAAUGUCGCUCAAGUCGUCUCGACUGGUGCUACUAUGCUGCGCUCUGUUGUGACUGGGUCUGAUCUCCACAAGGUACUGGUUGCUUACAAUGCUGCCAUUACUGAGACCUUCUAUGUUGCUGUCGCGAUGAGUGCAUUGUCCCUGGUCGGUCCUAUCUUUGUUGAGUGGAUCUCGGUCAAGGGCAAGAAAGUAGAGAUGGCCGCCGUGUGAGGUUAUAUUUGACCACUAGCGCGUCUUUCUUGCAUAUCCUUUCCCAAUCUCUGUUUCGUUUCUCUUUUGUGGCAUGAUCUACGGUCUGUCCUGGGUGAACAGUGCAUUAGAGCUUAUACCUAUACCUCUGUAG